AGUCCCCGGCGAGGGCAGCCGAGCGCGCAGGAUGCACAGGGCGGCCGCGACCCUCCGUCGUAGGGCGAGGCCCGGGGCGCGCGCGGGGGACGCCACGGCCUCCCCGGGGAACCGCACAGGCACGUGUGCACAAGUGCAGCCACCCCUGCAGGGCACCCUCCAACUCCUUCGUGGUGAUGGCGCUUCUGUGGGGACUGUCAUUGUGUUCCACUGCCCCUCAGGCCACCAGAUGGUGGGGUCCGGCCUCCUCACCUGUGCCUGGAAGGGGAGUGUCGCCGAGUGGUCUUCAGGGACCCCCGUGUGCAAGGCCGUGCCGCCCUAUGAGACCUUCGGCUUCAAGGUGGCCGUGAUCGCCUCCAUCGUCAGCUGUGCCAUCAUCCUGCUCAUGUCCAUGGCCUUCCUCACCUGCUGCCUCAUGAAGUGCGUGAAGAGGAGCCAGCAGCGGCGCUCCGCCAGGGCGGCCCAGCUGUGGCUCCAGCCGAGAGAUGGGGACUUGGAGACGGUGCAGGCCGCCUACCUUGGCCUCAAAGGCCUGAGUAACAGCAGCGGCGGGGAGCCCAGGAGCCGGCCCGGCCAGGCGCACGACAACCACAGCUUCACCACAGACCCCGGCGAGGGCACCGGAGAGCUCGCCGGCGUGGCCUGUGCUGUGGACAAGGACCCCUGGGCCCCCAGUGGCCCUGCCAGCUCACCCUUUACCCAGGUGAUGGUGCACCCAGUGUACCCGGGGCAGAGGCCGCCUGCCUCCAGGCCCAGCACGAGGAUGCCCAGACAGCUCACCACCUACAUCCCGGGGUGACUGAGGCCGAGGCCAGAGCUGGCCCUCCACGCUGGGAGGGCCAGGCCAGCCCCACCAGCCUGCCACCUGCAUCUCGACACGUUUCCAGCUUGAGAUGGGUCAGUGAAAUUAGCUUCCGGGUUUAGGGAUCCCUCAGGGCGCCAAGCUGGGACCCUGGCGGGGGUGUCAUGUCCCGAGGGAGCCCAGCUGUAGUGGUUUUAUAGACAGGCUUCCUUGAAGCCACCGCUGAGGGUCACAUAACGAGCUGCACCUCCCUCUGGCCGGGCCCCUUAAAGAGACGGGGGGACAUUUUAAGCACAUCUAGUUUUGCAUAGCGAGGGGGGAAAGGCAACCAACUCCUCCUCGGUCACAGCUCUGCCUCGCCCACUCCCCCGGGGCCCCCCCGCCUGGGGC